CAUUUUGAAAGCGCAAGUCGCAAGAAUUUCUUGUGUGGUGAUUUUCAUUGAUCAUCAUAGAAGAGUACCGAGCGUGCGAAGGAGGAGUGUUGUGCGAACAAGUUAGUACCGUUUCAAUUAAAAAGAAGACAUACCGCGAUUUGUUUAUCGCUCGAAGUGAUCAUUUUCGCCUGCAUCCGAUCGUUGCCCGUCCGAAUGUGGCCCGGAAUGGUGUAGUUAGUGCUUUGCGAGUGUCCAAAAGUCCGUGUGCGAACCGUCGUCCCUUCGUUCCGAGCGUGAAAAUUGUGAAAGAUUUACGUUCCUCUCUCUCACACUUGCUCGCCCGUGUCGGUGUAUCUCGCCUCGCAUACAUUCACUUGAUUCCCUCCGCUCCGCGGACGCUGCCCGUGUCAGCACAGCCCGCUGUCCCCACGCCUGUUUGCUUUGGUGUUUUAUUUUACUUCGUUCCCGAUUGAUUCGUGGUGUGGCCUCCUGUUGUGCUGUGUUGAGUGAGCAGUAUGUGUACAAUGUGUGCCUGUGUGUAGUGGUGCGGCCGUUCAGGGCACGGAAAGGAAAAUAAUAUACAUCGGAGUUGGAAUCCGACCAGCAGAAUCAGCAGAAAAAAAAUAAAAUAAAACCAAAUUACUUCAAGAGAUAUUGAGGAAUUUGAGGUGGCAAAAGUUGUAAAGUGAUUAUUGUUCGGUGCAAUCAAGUUUAAGGCGUAGUUGCAAGGAAAUUGGCUUUUCGCUAAACGGGAACGAAAGACAGGAAGUGAGCCGAGCAGCACAGGAAGUCGCCCCAGGAAGAGCAGCUGAAAAGUUCGAUUAAAUCAGCGAAGGUGGAGGAGGAGCAGGAUGUAUCUUAAAAGAAUCUACAUAUCGACUACGCUGCUGGCGUGUUUUAUGCUGACAGCUCCGUGGUCCGCCCUCGCUCAGGAUGAACAGAAAUCAAAUAACCGCAACAGUCAGUCUCUGUCGACUUCGUUUGGCGCGGCAGGCUCCAGUCCAAAUAAUGAUAUCUACAUCGACGAUGAAGGCCUCGAGGGUUCCGGAAGCAGAGGAGAGAUUCGCGACGAUCUAGAGAAGGAAGACGACGAAUCUUCCGGCUCCGGGUGGGGACCCGACGACGAAGAUUCCUCCUCGUCCAAUCACAACAGCAACGCGAACGUAGGUCCGGGCGGCUCCAAGGAUCGGUCCCGCAUCACCGAUAGCAACAACGCAGGAGGAGGAUCAGGUGAUCAUGAGACCCACGUUGACGCCGAUGAUAUCUACACUGAAAUCAAAAAUCCCUCCGUUGAUCCGUCCACGACAGACGAUGAAGAUAUGCCAAUCGGCAAGGACAAAAACAAGCAACCGGGUACCAGCAUAAUCCACGGUGGCCAAUCGCCCGACGGAGACCUCGAGAUCAGCCACACCCAGCGUAUCCCACCCACGGACGUCGGUGCCGGAGGUCACGGCCACGGUCACGAUAGCACUAACCCGUACGGAGGCAGCGGCGUAUCGAUCAUGAACGCCAAGAAUGAGGACAGGACUGCCAGCUUCUUCGCACAGCCGGGCAUUCUCGCAGCUGUGAUCGGAGGCGCGGUGGUCGGUCUGCUGUGUGCCAUCCUAGUCGUCAUGUUCAUCGUCUACCGGAUGCGGAAAAAGGACGAAGGCAGCUACGCGCUCGACGAACCGAAGCGAUCGCCAACGGCCAAUACCUACGCGAAGAAUGCCAACAAUCGGGAGUUCUACGCCUGAGACUACUCGAUCGACUCCAGUGAUGGUGAUUUGUAAAUUGCAACAACCAGCGAUGAUUAAUAACCGUAGUAGCAACAGAAAAUAAGAAACAACUUAAAAGUACUGGCAACGAGUGGUAAAGUGCGUAACGGGGAAACGUGAUACAAGAAAAAAAAACAAAAGAACUGGAGGUUCGGUAGUAAACUAUAAUAACGUUUCUCACAUCAGCUUUCGCAGAGCGGGGUUCGACGAUCAACAACAACAAGAACAACAUAGGUCGUUCCACACCACCCACGCACUCGUUCGCAUGCUUCUAUAGGUUUUAUGCUCGCGCUCAGUCACUCAACUGUAGAGUCAUGUAGUAGGUAACCCAUGAGUUCCCGCGGGUUCCCCCUCCCGGGGCCCGGGAAAUCAUGUAUAGUGUAAACAAUUCAAAACAAAAGUUUAAAAUGAUGAUGAAGAUACAAAUGCAAAAUUUUACUAACAAAAAAAAAUUACAUCCACACAAACACAAACAGCAGAUGAUGAUGAACGAUUUGAAAUUUACAGCAGCAGUAGUAGGCGAUGUUAUGAUGAAAACAAAAGAAAAACGAACCUUUUCUUUUUCUUUCAGUGCGGUUUUUAGGCCCAAUUAGAGGAACGCGCAGAGCGCGUUCACAGUGCUGGGUACAGUAAAUUAUCGCUUUUUAAUCAAGAAAACAAUCGUGGCGCAAUGUGUUUUUUUUGUGUUUGGUUCAGUUUUUUUUUCUUUCCUUUGUUACAAAUAUUAGUUCAGUAGAAGGAAUCUUUGAAAUAAACGAAACGACAGUAUAUAAUCAUCGGCCAACGCAGCAACGGUGUGUUGUAGUAGCGAGAGUAGAGGCAGUAAGGACAGUCGAGAACGCGACACGACUACGUAACGGAGCAGCAUUUAUUCGGCAGGCGUUUUAGAAUACACUCAUUCGUACACAGGCAAAGUUUUAGCAUGUAAGAAAAAGGCUAAAAGUUUAUAGAGUAUAGAUGUUACAUAUUUAUAUAAUGGCAUGCUUAAAAACGGGAAAGUAUGAGGAGAGAAAUAAAGUUUUUUUUUAUUUUUUAUAUUAAAUUAGACAGGUUUUGUUUAUUCCGUUCGUUUCAAGGUAACUUGUCUUUUUUUGGAACUAAGCAUAUUUCAUAACUAAACAAGCUAAAAAGGAAUGAUUAAUACUUUAUUGUUAAAGUAUGGUAAAACAAAAAAAAAGAAAAUACAAACACUCUGUAUAGGACAAAAACAUAUAACUAUUAUUUAUACAAAAUACUUAUAAACUUUUUUAAAAAAUUAUAAGGAAACCGUAAUCAUUAAAGAAAAGGAUUAGUUAAAAUUAAAUCUAUAGCAAUAAAAAGCAAACCAUUUAGUGGAGUACGUUCUGUUGGAAGACACACUACUACUACUACUAAAACGAAACAAAACAAAACAACAAAACUGCGGAAGAAAAAUAACAUUCAUUGUGGCAUGGCAUGCUUAGGCGGCGGAUUUGAGGUUGACAUUUUCAUAGCGCCGCCAUUCAUAAUCUCGAGCUCGCGAGGACUGAAAAAAAACGGAAGUAAAAGCCGUGCAGCAGGAGCAGCAGUUCUAUUAUGAUUGAUACAGAGUGAAUUGAUUUUCUACGGACCGGCUUUCGGGUAUAGUGCAAAACAUAAGUGUUAGCAGCAGCAAGCAGCAGAAGCAACAGCAAGAGGUAAAUAGAAUUUUGAAGGAUAGUUUUUGCGUUUUUUCUCGAAUGACGAUUGUUUGUGUUUUCGUUUUUAUUAAACGGGAAGAGGAAACAGAUUUGUUGAGUUUUGUCACGCUGGGGAAUUGAGGAGUCGGCAGGCGGGCUUUGAAUUGCGAAACCAGCUGUAGGUAGAGAUUUUUUGUCAGUCAUUUUUAAAAGAAAAAAAAACAAUGCCGGAUAGUUUUGUUGUUGCGGGUGACGUGGAAUAAAAUCUCGAAUCGGAUUUACAAAGAAAAAAUGAGGAAACUAUCACAUACAAAUAGCUUUUAAAAUUAUUAACCGAAAUAUUGCCAACACCUGUAUGUAUAAAAGGAAACACUGAAAAAAGAUUCGCUAUUACAUAAUAGGUAAUUAUCAUUGUAAUUAGCAUAGUAAUCACUGAACCUUUGUAACGUCGCCAUGGUCCUUGCGUACAAUUACUUGUAUUUAGGCAUGUUUUGACGGUUUUCCAAUUCAAAACAUUACCGGUUAUUUGUUAUCUCUACUCAUGUAACAUUUAAGGUUUUAUUGCACACUUAUACCAGUUCUAGUGACCAACAUUGGCAAUUAAAACCGCAAUAGGGGUGCAAUAAAACCUCGAAUAAUCACUUGGGCAGCUUUGGUGCAGAAUUUUGUAUUUUAAUUCGUUGUUCAUAUGAUCCUACAAGCCAGCAAUAGUUGAUCAACACCUUGCACGUGCCGCUUCUAAAAACACAAAACGUUAGCCGCGAAACAUCACGAAAUGCCAAUCGGAAUUCGGAGACAAACCAAAAUUUUAUUUCCGUUAUUUUGUUGCUUGAGCAUUAUUUACAUACCAGACACACAAACACACACAUGUAUAUCGAUAAUGUACCCCGUAGAAUGUAAACUGCAUGCAUGCAUGAUGCCAAUCCGCAUUGUUGGUUGUAUGAGGCACACUUAGCUAAACAAAUCGAUUGCCAGAAGCGAAAAGAUACAGGAAACAGUGCGUCACGAAUGAAUCAAUAAGCCAAUCCUAAUCUCCGUUUAAAUUGUAAUACUCGUUCUUAAGUAUCUGUUUUCGCAGUCAACUACUAUGCAGCAGCCGCAUUGUACGUCCGGAAAGUCACAAACACGCAGCUGAUCGUUUGGCGGAACUAUCUCUAGCGCUGUGGAGAUUUCAACUUUGUUCUCGAUCAGUGCUAGAGUAAUUCUUCCAAACGACCCACUUUCAAACACUCACACAAACCUUCACACUUUUUCAACAAAAAAAGAAACAAAAAGUGUUUAGAUAAAUCGGAAUCAGAAAAAAUCGCAAAACAAAAACCAGUGAUAGGUGUUUUAACAAUUCAUUCGUUAUAGAAAAGAAUAAAAGAUCAUGUCAACUAAAAAUCGUGUGUAACCCGAAGUUAGAGAAAAAAUAUUAUAAAACAAAAGAAAAAAAAAACAAUACGAAAAGAAGGAUUCAAUGGCCUAACAACAGCAACUCUUUGUAUAUCUUCUUAUAAUAGCGCAUUCACAAAAAUGUCAACUACUCUCAGCCGAUUCGAUUUGAUUGAGAUGAUUGAAAUGCUUUGCAGCUUGCUUUAACCGAAAAAAAAACUUCCAUCAGCUUUCUUUUCUAACAUAUUACUAAAACAAAAUCGUUUUUUUUUUUAUUAAAAGCUAUAACUAGAGACUGAUUGUAACGAUGAUGAGGAAACACAAACGUCGAACUAAUUAAUUUAUGCUUUACUACACGCGUUUGCUUUAUUAUUCCUCUUACAAUUUUUUUGUGCCAUUGAAAAGUGUUGUAACGACGGAUACUGUGUUUGUUUUUUUAAAUGAUAUAUGAUAGCAUAUUGCAAACGAAGCGUUUCCUAAGUCACACACACACGUACCGUCCCUCGAACAGUUCGAACAGCUUACAUUACACCACAACUUAAACCUCUCACUCACUCACUCACUAAUCACCUAACAGAACACUAUUUACUACCAGUAUGAUUGGUUCACCUGCAAAAUCCCUCGAAUCUCUCUCCGUAUGUUUCUAAUCCUAACUUUAUUUCCUCCUAAAACAAAAAAAAACAUCCGUACGUACGAAAAAUACACGCGACCAGUUAUAACUCUCUACAAUAGUAGUAUGCUCGAUGCUUUUUUGAAAGUCGAUCAAACAAACGUUAGUAGAACAGAAAAAAAAACAAACUUUUUAAGGCAUUUAAAAAUUCUUUUUUUGCGCCGGAAAUACGUAAAACAUUCCGAACACCAACAACAACACUAACAGAAAACUAGAAACAAAACAAACAAAAAAAAAAUGCAAGCAAAUCUGCUUCAAACUGAAAAUAACUUGAAAACAAACAAAAAAAAACUCCUCUUUUUCGAAACUGAUAAAUAAUGGAAGAACAAAGAGGUAGUCAAAAUUUCACACAGAGAUUUCGAACGACGUAAACUACCUUUAAAAGAGUCAAACAGCCAGUGCAGUGUGAAGACGAAGAGAAAUUUACGGAAUUCAAACGAUAGUAAAACAAAAAAAAAACAGAUUGGUCGGCUACUAGAAGAAACAAAACAUUGUGUUGAAACUACAUGUAAACAACCAGAAAAGAAGAACAGAUGACUACUACUACUACUACUAGUAGUAGUAAUGGACUAAACAACAACAACAGCAGCAAAAAGGAAGGCAUAAAGAAAAAGAAAAAUCAUUAGAAAUAUUACUAAAUGCUAAGUUUACUAUACAAACAUCACACACACACACAUAUGUAAGGGACAUUGUAAAUAAAAAAGUCU